AACAUAUUCAAUGAGCCGCCAUAUUAGGAAGCCAAGCCCCUCUUUCAUUCGGAUAAGAAAAGACGGAACACAUUUCCAGGAUAGUUUUCCUGACGUGCUGGUUGUUGCUAAGGGCAUCACUCAAAAUUGUUGACCCCGCACCUGUACCGUACCUGGCUUUGGUCCGGUCACCGUCCUUCAUACGGGUUAUUUAGUUAUUUAUCUUCCACAAUGGCGACCGCAGCGGCAACUCCGACCGGGCAGAGAAGCACGUGUGGCAGCGGCACUCCGCUGAGCCCGACCAGGAUAACCCGGCUGCAGGAGAAACAACAACUCCGGGACCUCAAUGACCGCCUGGCCGUUUACAUCGACAAAGUCCGCAGUCUGGAGUCUGAAAACGACGUGCUGCACCUGCAAAUUAACGAGAAGGAGGACGUGAGGAGCCGGGAGAUAACCGGACUGAAAGCCCUGUACGAGACCGAGCUAGCCGACGCCAGAAGGUGUUUGGAUGAGUCCUCCAAGGAGCGGGCCUGGCUGCAGAUUGAGCUGGGAAAGAUCAGAUCCGACCAUGAGCAGCUCCAGCAGAACUACAACAAGAAGGACUCUGAGGCGGCAGGAUUCCAUGCCAGGCUGAAGGACCUGGAUUCUCAGCUGAACUCCAAAGAGGCCAUGCUGGCUACGGCGCUGUCCGAGAACAGGGGCCUGGAGGCCACGCUGGCCGACCUGAGAGAACAGCUGCAGGAGCUGGAUACAGGUCUGGCUCAGGCCAAGAAGCACCUUUCAGAAGAGAUGCUGCUGCGUGUUGACUUAGAAAACCGCUGCCAGAGUCUGACGGAGGAAAUGGUCUUCCGUAAGAGCAUGCAAGAGGAGGAAGUGAAGGAGGCCCGGCACCGCUACGAGACCCAGCUGGUGGAGGUUGACUCCGGGCGGAAGGUGGAGUAUGAAUAUAAGCUGACUCAGGCCCUGACUGACAUGAGGGCUCAGAAUGAGGAGCAGAUCAAGAUCUACAAGGACAGCAUGGAGGGCACCUACGUCACCAAACUGGAGGACCUGCAUCGGCUGGCUGAGAUGAACGGAGCGUCGACCGGCAUGGCCAGGGAGGAGCUCAGGGAGUCCAGCCUGAGGAUCGAGAGCCUCACCGCCCAGCUGGCAGGAAUGCAGAAGGAGACUCGUGGGUGGCGCGAUCGUAUCGUGGAGCUGGAGGCGGCGUUGGCUCAGGAGAAAGACAAGAGCCGCAAGCUGCUGGCAGACAAAGACCGCGACUUGGCCGAGAUCCGGGCCAAGAUGCAGCAACAGCUGAACGACUACGAGCAGCUGCUGGACGUCAAGCUGGCGCUGGACAUGGAGAUCAACGCCUACCGCAAACUUCUGGAGGGAGAAGAAGAAAGACUGAAGCUGUCUCCCAGCCCCUCCGCUCGCGUCACGGUGUCCCGAGCCUCGUCCAGCAGCCGCAGCGUGCAGACCACUAAGGGGAAGCGGAAGCGUGUCGACGUGGAGGAACAGGAAGCCAGCAGCUCGGUGUCCAUCGCGCACACCGCCUCGGCCACGGGACCCGUCUGCGUGGACGAGGUCGACACCGACGGCAAGUUCAUCUGCCUCCACAACAAUGGAGACGAGGACCAGGCUAUGGUCGGUUAUGAGAUGAUUCAGACUAUUGGAAAUGCCACCGCCACCUACAAGUUCACACCCAAAUAUGUCCUGAAGGCGGGCCAGAAAGUCAUGGUUUGGGCGUCCGACGCUGGUGUGAGCUCCAAACCUCCCACAGACCUGGUGUGGAAGAACCAGUCCUCCUGGGGUUCAGGGGCGGACCUCCAGGUGGUGCUGAUCAACCCUCAGGGAGAGGAGGUGGCAAAGAGAACCACAACAUACAAGACAUCAAUAGAAGAGGAGGACGAGGAUGAAGAUGAUAAUGGAGUGGAGGCCACUGAUGAAGACCUCUUCGAGCAGGGGGACCAUCGCACUGCAAAGAGAGGCUGCUCCAUCAUGUGAUCCCUCUGCACCAACCAGCUCCUCUGAGCCCAGCCAGUCUGCUGCCAACUGUAAUACUAGAAAUAUUUUUCUAUUUUUUGUAGCGUAUUUCAAUAAAGAAAUGGUUUUAUUUCUCAUAAAAAAAAAAUGCAAAACUGCUUUUGGUAGAUGUAUUUUCAACUGAAAUAGCUAAAUAACAUGGUGAUGAACACGGUUUGUAUUUGUAGUUCAGAUAUUAUUAUUUUUUAAACCUUGCAGCAAGUAGCUAAACUCAAGGACUGACGUGUCUUUUUAAGAAAACAAGUAUGUGCUUUUUAAUAUGGAUUUUAAUUGUGUUGUUUUUAUUUUAUCUUAUUAUAUUAUUGAUGCAAUACUUUAGGCUACAAGAAAAGCCACAGGAUGUCGGAGACUUGAUUUUAGGAAAGGGGCGGACCAAAACUUACUGUAUUAUUUACACACAAAAAAGAAUGAACAAAAUAAGCACUGAAAGGACAAGUGUCAAGACAAGACAAAGUUCAUUAAAAUUAGACCAUAUAAAAAUACUGCUAAUUGACAUUCUUCUAGUAUCUUUAAAAAAUAAGAAAUAAAACGCUGUGAUUGUUUGAUUGUAUUCAUAAGAGGAAGUCAGAGGACAGUUGAAGUUUGUUAGCAGUAGUUGCGUUCCCUUAAAGCCCCUCUGUGUAGAACUAUUCCUAAACAAAAGGAUAAAAACUUGUGCCAUCAGAGUUAUCAGGUUCUCCUCACAGGGGCUGUAUGUGACGUCAUGCAGCAGAUGGUGAGUUUCACUCCACUGACUUUGAGUUGGCGCUGCACCACUAAUUGAGAAGUGUUGAUUGUAUUCUUUACUUUUGAUAUUUGAAGUGUUUGAAGUACUUUUUUUGUGUUGGUGUGUUACUGUGCAUGCUAUGGCUGUAUUCAACAUAGUGUGAUUAAACAAGUUUUCUUGUA